GCUAAAUAAAUAAAUGAAAAAAAAAAAUGAUAAUUAAUCUUUAGGUUUGUCGUUCGGAAAAGCAAUUAAGUUAUAGUAGAAUUUAAUGUGAUAAAUUUCAUGCUGUAUGUACAUAGUUAGAGUGUUAGGGAUAGCAAUAGUGCAAAUGCCCCGACAGGUGAACAUUUUGGUUUUGGUAAAAUUGAUGACGAAAAUGCAAAUGUGUGCUUAAUGCUUUUGCGGUCAACAAGCUGAAAUAAUAGGGUGUAACCACUGCGUCAUUGCAUCGUGAAUAACGGCGAGUAAUAGUGUGUAUUUAUGUUGGUGCUACGAUGGAGACAUGCAGAACCUGUGCGAGAUGUGAUUUUGAGGACGAAACCAAAUGGUUCGACUUAUUUCACACAACGCGUUGUACGAGAGAAAUUGAAGAGAUGCGUGUGGAGUUCAAUAAUUGGCAUUUGCAGAUUUCACCCAACGACGGAUUGCCACAGAAAAUCUGUUCCGAUUGCUUUUCGAAAUUUUGUAAUGUGUUUACCUUUCGGAUGCAAUGCCAGCAAGCACAAGUGAAGCUAAAUAAUAUAUUCGAUAAGAUCGAAACACAAAGUAUGGACGAUGACCGCUUCGAGGAUAAUCUUGAAGAAUUAAGUGCUCAGCUGUUGCGAAUUGUAGAGGAAAAUGAACGACAAAUAACGAAUUCAUCUUAUAACGAACAAAACUGCCAAAUAGUUGAUUGUACUGCCGCUGGUGUUGACACCACCGUUUUGCCCAAUGCCACUCCUUCAGCAGCUGCCAUAGUGAUGUUGGAUAUGCUUGAUGAAAAUUGUGCUAACAAUUACACCACCACCGCCACGGCAACGACUAGAUCCAGUGGAGUGUGUGAGAGAGUCGAACAGUAUACUGAUGACAUUUUAGCAGCUCAAACAGAGGUUUCACCUAAAACAAUCGAAGACUCUUUCUUGGCAAAAACAAUUUCAAUAACAAACGAAAAUAAUGCAACUGCUGCCGCCAUAACUGAAGCUAACAUUUACACUGCCGGCGUUGAAUGUCAAAGUGAAGCGGAAAUGCAAAUGACAAAGGUGACGACUGUAACUGUUAAAACAAUGGCAGUCGAUAAAGAAGUGGAAGAGGUAAUAGUAGAAGAAGGAAAUAAAAACGAAAAUGAAAUAGAAUUAAAAAUGGAACACGAAGAGGACGAUAUAAGCGAGCAAAUACAUUUACACGUAGAUGAUAUAAUUGAAGAAGAUUUUACGCUCGAUGAUCAACUGGUGGAGGAGAAGGCAGAGACAACAUUAAGUGCAGACAGAUCAUUGGACCGUGUCCUUGCUCAAGAUGGCUGCUAUUUAAAUGUAAUGAGCGGAAAUGUGUCACAACCUGAAGGUUAUGCCGAAGAAAGUGUGCCUUUUGCGGAAGCUGUUGAAGAUGAGAAUGACCUUUAUGAAGAAGAUGAAGGAGUAUUGGAAGCAUUCGAACCCGUCACACUCCCAACGAAUACCUACCAUACAAAUAACAAUACUAUUUUAGCAUCACAAUAUGUCUUUCACUCGUCUGCUACGAACAAUGGCUACAGUCAUACAGUGGGCCAACCACCGGAUGUUAGCAUUGUUUAUGAGUGUAAAUACUGCCACAAAACCAAAGACACGCCAAGCACUCAUUUCGAAACUCAACAGACACUACUCGAGCACAUAACAAACACGCACAACGCCGAAUAUCCAUUUACAUGCCCGCAACGCGGUUGUACGGAGGGUUUUCGCGACGCCGCCUCACGCACGGUCCACAUAAAAAGCGAGCACGUGGCCAAACAUUAUGAGUGUGAUGUGUGCGGCAAAAAGUAUGCCGAUCGCUUUAACUUACGCCAUCACUACGAGAAGUUCCACAGCGAGACCGAUUUUGGGUGUGACACUUGCGAUAAGCGUUUCUAUUCGCGUAAAAGUCUUAACUACCAUAUGAAGUGGCACAAUCCGGAAUUGUUGUUGCACUGCAGUCACUGCGAUCGUUUGUUUAUUAAUCAGCGACACUUGAAGUGUCACGAAGAAACGCACAACGGGGUGAGGAAUAGUGAAUUUUGUACGUUUUGUGGUAAAACAUUCAUUCACUUGAAAACUUUGCGUUGGCAUUUGUAUCGGCAACAUGGCGGCGAAAAACCAUACAAGUGCGGCCACUGCACUGAGGUUUUCGCCUCGUACCUGGAGAAGCGUAUACACAUGCUGGAGAAUCAUUUGGAGAACCUCACCACCAUCGAACGCACCGAAUGCAUGCUCUGCCGAGAACGCUACGAAGAUGAACGCGAGCUGAGCGAACACAUACGUAGCAAACAUGUUGAAAGGCCGAAGUCUUCCGUGCUGCUAAUAGCGAACAAUAAACGAGUGGUGCGCAGUAAGCGACAGAAGAAUUAUAGUGGAAUCUUCCAGUGUGAUAUUUGCGCGCAGCGUUUCAAUAUGAAAUCGGCGUUGGAGCGACACGCGGCGGUGCAUUCAAGUAUUGGCAGACCGCACAAAUGCCCGGUGGAGUCGUGUGCGAAGCGUUUCAAGCGUGCGCAGGAUAUGAAUUGGCACAUGAAGACGCAUUCGAACGAGAAGCCGAACAUUUGCGAUGUAUGCGGCAAAGGAUUUGCUCUGAAAUAUGUGCUGAAUCAGCACAAGCGGAGCCAUGAAGUUCUUGAGAAAAAUUUCAAAUGUGUGAUCUGCGGACGUGCCUACCUCUUUGAGAAAUCACUGCGUGUGCAUGAACGAGUUCACACGGGCGAUACCUACUACCGCUGCGAUUUGUGUGGCGAAAACUUUGUUACGCACAUGAAAUUCAAAACGCAUAUGAUGAAAAAGCAUGAUCCGGAGACAACAAAUCUUGAGGAUUACAAUUUGGAUGCCUUUGAAGAACAGCUAUAUGAACAGUAGAUGGACUAGAAUUAUUUUAUAUGCAUUAACUACUGAGCAAAAAAUAGUAAGACUUUAUUCUUAAUUUUAAAAUUAUUAAUUUAUU